AUGAAGAAAAAGUAUCAAGGCACAACGAGGGUGAAAAGACAGCAGCUCCAAGAUCUUCGCAAAGAGUUCGAGAUUCUUAAAAUGGAGCAAGGUGAGUCCGUGGAUGAGUAUUUCUCACGGACCUUGGCUAUAGCAAACAAGAUGCAUAUCCAUGGAGAAAAGAUUGAAGAUGUAGCUGUGGUUGAGAAGAUUCUUCGGUCGAUGGAUUCUAAAUUUUCAUAUGUGGUUUGUUCAAUUGAGGAAUCAAAAGAUAUUGAUACAUUAUCAAUUGAUGAAUUACAAAGUUCUUUACUUGUGCAUGAGCAAAGAAUGACGUCAAAUAUAAGUCCAACCGAAGAACAAGCUCUGAAAACUUCAACUCAUGGUGAAAACUCUGCAGGGAGAGGAUCAAAUAGAAGACGUGGUCGAGGUCGUGGAAGGUGGAAAGAAAGAGGACGAGGUGGUGGACAUGAUCCACACAAGCAAACAUCCAACAACAACUUGAGACUUGAUAGGUCCAACAUUCUAUGUUAUCGUUGCCAUAAGUUUGGUCAUUACAAGUCUAAAUGA